CCAUAAAGCUGCCGCGCCAUUGCUGCCUGCGCAUCCCGAUCCACGCACGCGAGGGAGAUGGACGGGAGCUACUCGUACCACCGGCUUGUCCUCGCCCUUCUUUUUCUUCUUCUUCCCCAAAUGGCCGCCCACCGUGUUGCUCUCUCUGCCCUCGCUAGAUUUCUUGCCCGCAAACGCGCUCGCAGCUAGACAGGACAGAUUCAGUCCAGUUCUUCUUCUUGUUGCUGUUCUUGUGGUUGGUGCGGCGAGGUUGUGGUGGGAGGGUGUGGGUGAGGUGAGGUAGCGGCGAUGGUAAUCAUGGCGGCGAUGCUGCCUGGGGUGGAGUGCGCGCGGCGGCGGCGGCUCCGGCAGGGAGCGGGAGCUGGGGCGGAGACGACUGCUGCUGCUGCGGUGGCGGCCGGAGGCGGAGGCGGUGGCGCGAGAAGGUCGUCGUCGUUGUGCGUGCACGCGGCCGGGCGCGGUGGCCACCCCUGUGGCGCCGCCGGGAGCCAUUCCGGCAAGAGGAGCAGUGUGAUGGAGCUCAUCCAUGGGGGGUCGCUGGACAGCAAUGCCCGGGAGGCGAAGGAGCGGCUGGACCAGAAGCUGAGGAACCAGAGGGAAGCAGUCAUCAAGAGGCAUCACAGCACGGGGAGCAUCAAGCUCAACAGAGCAAACGGCGGCGGCGGCGGCGGCGGAGGCGGAGGGAGCUCGACGUCGACGGCGGCGAUGGGGGUGCAGCGGGAGGUGUACUCGAAGAAGGGGGUGAUGCGGCGGCUGCUGCGGUGGAGCCGGCUGCGCUGGGACGCGGCGGGGCAGGCGGAGUGCGCCGUGUGCCUGGAGGAGUUCGCCGCCGGCGACGUCCUGGCGCACCUCCCCUGCGGCCACCGCUUCCACUGGGGCUGCGCCCUGCCCUGGCUCGAGGCCGGCACCGCCUCCCGCUCCUGCCCCUUCUGCCGCGCCGCCGUCGACACGCCGCUGCCUUCCUAGCUGCUAGCUAGCUCGCCGGCGCGGCAGAAGCGCCAUUGCCGUGCUCGUGGUGUACAGUACAAAAAUGGCAUGAAAAAUGUGCAGAGAUUUGGCUUCGAGCUUCUUUUUUUUUUUUCUGUUCUUGGGUGAAGUGGUGCACCGGCAUGAUGCUGUGUUCUGCCAUUUGAGCGAGUGAUUUCUGCGAGCGAUCAGCGAUGAACUUUGUUGGCGAUCUGUGCAUCUGAUCAAAGAAAAAAGAUGAUACAGAUUAAGCAUCUGGACAAUAAGUUUGCGAAGAUCUUGAAAGUGUUGAUUUUUUUCUAUCAAAUUCAUGCCUGAGAGAGGUGAUGAAGUCCAUCCAUUCCAUCUGCUCCCUUUCUUCAUUUGUAUUUAAUAUCAUCGAUCAGUGUGAUUUUACUUUUAACCAAUAAAAAAUCUUAAAUCACAAUGGUUCAAUGAAUACAA